AGCUCAGUCAACUUUCGGUCGUCGUCGUGUUUGCAGCGUUUGAACGAACGGUCUUCGGUCGCUCACAGUUAGCAGCUUAGUAAUAGCAACAGCAGAUUUGCAACACCUUUGCUUGCACUCCAUAGUUCUUUUUUUUCUACUCUGGUACCGUCAAGGUCUUUUUCGCUUUUAAAACCGCAAUCGACGCGUUUUCUCUGUAUAAAAUAAUCACAUUAGUGGCGUCGUCUUCGUUGUCGGUGAUUGUUUCCUGUAUCUGUUCGCGUGCCAGGUGAUUGUUUUGAUAACACCCCGGAUCACACUAAUUGAUAAGAGGGAUCCACCAGUGCAAUCAGCAUCCGUGUUUUUACAGGAAGAGAUUUGUUUUGGUUCGGGGCCCACUUAUCAGCUGUCGAAAGUGAGAGUUUGUAUUGCUUUUUGAUAGUGUAUUUUGUGCUAUAACUCAGUGAGAGAGAGGAAGUCACACACACAGGCGAGCCCAAAACCAGCCGAAGAAGCAGCAAAAUGAGUACCGGUGUCAAUGAGAUACUUAGCUUCAAGCGUAAUCCGGAUGAGGAUUUUUACGCGCUGCUAAACUGCGACGAGAAUUCGUCGGUCGAGCAAAUCCAGGCCGAGUACAAGGUGCUGGCAUUGCAGCACCAUCCUGAUAAGAACGAUGGAGACAAGGAUGCCGAAAGCAUGUUCCAGAAAUUGAAGGAAGCCAAAGAGAUCCUUUGCGAUCCGGAAAAGCGUGCCAACUACGACAAGUGGCGCAGCAGCGGACUCCAGAUCAGCUACAAGAACUGGGUCGGCAUGAAGGAACACGUCCAGCAGAGCAUGCACUGGGCUACUCCGAAAACCAAGGACCGAAUGCUGCCGGAAACGGGUGGCACCGCUAGUGGUCUCAGUGCCGGCCAACCGAAUCCGGCCCAUCGACGCGCAUCGGAAGGUGGUGCUGCGCUGCACUAUGGCGGCCGGAAGGGUGAAUGGGGAUCGGAGAAUCCGAGCGAGGUGGUCAAUAAGUUCCGCAAUUAUGAGAUCUAAGUAUAAGUUGGGAGAGUGCGUUUUUGGUUCUCGGUUUCUGGUGGUGAUUGCACUGGGCGGAAGCGCGAACUCCGGACGCCUUCGGCUGCCGACGGGUACUCUGAUCGGAUAAAUAAUUUGUGCUCCUUUUUACCGCGGUCGGUACACCGCUGGUUUCGAAGGCGCUUGGAUUUCGUUGGCUGCCUGGUCUAACCGCACGGAAACAGUUUGCUUUUAAGAGUACAUAUUUACAUUUUGUCACUAAGGUUAUGUUAUGUUUCUGAAAAACAAAAAGUAGCAAGUUGUUUUGGAUCUUAAAGAUAAGUGAAUCUAUUUGACCGAAAAACGGUGCAUUAAAUAAACACGUUACACAAAGUAUAUAAAAUCAAAUUCUUCACAUUAACAUGAUUGUUGUUUCAUGAGAACUAUUGUGUACUGUUAUUCGUAAUAGAUUUAAAACUGCAUACAAACAUAAAUUAGUAACGUGUCAGAAUAGCUGAAGAAUCUGUGUUGAUUGAAAAAUGCAUGUAACUAAAAAAUAGAUGUUUUGAUAAAUAUCAACGAUAGAUUCAUUAACAAAAACCCAAUAUGAUCACUGAUGUGUGCAGUAUUCCUGAUGUAGUCAAUUUCCUUUGUGUAGUAGCCAUUGAGAAGAAACCGAGCAGGAAAGAAACAGAAAGUUUUAGAGUAAUAAUUUCCAUACAAACUGAGUGCAAAGAUCGCGCAUCUUCCUUCUCGGUGCCGGCAAUCAAAUUGCCAAAUUCAUCUAUCAAUCUCAAGCGGACAAGUUUUACUAUCUACACAGAGAGAACCAACCGAUCAGUGUAAAUGUGUAAUAUUUGUAAAAUUUUUGUACACUUUUAAACUAUGUUAAAAACAAUUAAUCAAAUAAGCGUAGAAUGUCUAUUUAGUGGAACGUUUUCCUAAUCCCGUUGAAACGAAGUGCUGUUUUUUGAUAUUGUAGUCUAUUUUUUCCUAUACACUAGUACGUAAGAUAUCACGGCUAGGGAAGCCAGUUUAGAAAGUUUUCGGAAGAGGAAUGAUUCUACUACUAUGUUCCAAAUUGUUACGUAGGUUUAGAAAGAAACAAAAGUUUAUGAUGCCAGGAAAAAAGAUGCUGUCCCUGUCCAAAUCAAAUCCCACCUCUUUUUGCCUUUUUGGGACUGUUUGCAAUCAAAAUUAUUUGCUAGUAAACUAUACAUCAACUAUUUUUAAACAGAAACUGUGAAGCAAGCGUAUCGCUCUAUUGAGAAAGCUAUAUCUAUUUUGAAUUAAUCCUGUUUAUAUAGACAAUAUUUUCCGACAUAGAUAUAUACACAUUUCCAUAUUUCGACGAGCAGCCGAGAAGAAGUUUAUCCAAACACGUAAAUCAAACAACUGGAGGGCACGUCACGGCAAGAAUUACUCCGUCCCCAUAGAGCUUCCCUUCCUCCGUCGCUGUUUUAGUCACUUGGAACUUAAUGACUUUCCAUCAGUUGGUCAGGCAUGGAAAAGUGUUUUUCGUAACUCGAAGGGGAGAAGCUACUUAGCGUCGAAAGUUUCAAGGUAAGCUACACAGCUUAACCAAGCAAGAAGCUAUUGUGGGGGAGUAUCCUCGCUUUACAGGCAAUGCACCGAAGAAAAGGGUGUCUUUCCACUUGUCAGUCAUACAGAUAGAGUGAUUGAUGUAGCCUUACCUUGCCUGAUGCAUACGUGGAUUGAGGAAAAUUACAGAGUGCUCAACUGGAUCUUCAAUUACAGCAGGAAAAUAUGAGAGCAGCAAUUUGUGUGGUAGAGCUUUCUAGACGAUUCCCCUUUCGGUUUGGCAUCUGAGACGCUGAUGUGCGGAUCGAUAUUCUGCUUCAGUGGUGUGCAUCCGGAAUAGAGAAGGAAAAAACCACAAAACCACCCUUUUCCAAUACAAUCCUUCCCUGGAGUAAAGUUUAGUAAUUUUAUCCUUCCAGUGGAUGGCUAAUUGAAUACUGGUUUCUGCAGAAGAUAAAAGGUUGAGAUGGAAUGUUUCGUCAUGGAUUCAUGCGUUUCAGAAUGACAUCCCAUCGCUGGAAGUAGCAAGUUCAGGCUGCCGUGCAUAGAACAUUGCACGAAACUGUCCAGUAAGUCCAGUCGAAAAAUGAGCUGGAGUACUGGCUGGUUCUAGUUAGUAAUCCGGCUCCAGUGACUCACCCGAUUCUAAUUUGAACCAGUUGUGUUACUGGAGGCAGAUGCUAACUAUAGCCAGCCAAAGUUCCGGCUCAUUUUUCAACUAAAUUUUACUAGGUUUAACCUCACUUUUUAGCAAAUGAGAGAACUUGUUUACUAAGUUCGAAUCGCGUUUCAAUUGUAAACAAAUUCGUUGAACUGCCAUUCUUCAAGGAUUCAAUCUUGUAUUGAAGCUAGAGUUUUGCGUUAAAGUUGCAGCAUUCUGUUUAGGUCGCAAAUUCUCCUUCGCCUUGGUACAGCUUCCGGGUAUACUUUGAAGUGUUUGAAUCUGUGCGAAUUAACAAGACUCAUCUUUUUGCUGCUAGUACAGUUGCUUUGCAUAGUUCAUUUCCGACUUCCAUUCGGAAAUUAAUAUCAGUUAGGAUGUAAUGGUAGAUCUGAUAUGCUUUUCAUUUAAAUCACUAUCAAUUUAAUAUAUGCCAAACUGGUUGGCGAAUUAUUUGGAGAAAUAACGCAUUAAAAACAUUUCCAAAUAUCGCGUAUCAAUCUUUGAGGAAACACGAAGUGCAAUGAGACCUCUAUUUUUGGAAAUUCUAGCGAAACCCUCUUAGAAUUUCAGUAUCAUCAUCAUCAUCCUGACCGAAAAAAUUUGAGUACUCCGAAUCAUGUAUUUUGGAUUUCCUGCUUCUCGGGGUGCCAAUCUCCAUAUCUUCCACGAUAGAACAAAACCAGCGAUUACGGAGUCCACCCUGAAGUCGACUACUUGCAGGUCCUCUGCAGAGCAUAUGUUUAAUUGGUCUCUCUUGCGGUAUCCGCGCUACAUGUCCAGCUCAUUGUAGCCUGCCGUGUUUUAUCAGUAUACUUGCCACCGAGUUUUUAACGCAGAAUUCUCUCAAAUACAACAAGCACUCGAUAGACUGCUUUAGGCUCAUGCGCAAGGGGAGGGUUUUGGGGGUUCAAACCCCACCAAUAAAGGUUGUGAAUUACUUUAAAAUCUUUCUUAACUUACUGAUCAGGAAAAAAUUAUACUGCAAGCAGUUUGCAAAAAUGACAUGUCAUUUGAGUUCGAUCACUCUAGAAAUAAAACGUCGAAGAAACCUUGCGAGGGUGGCUGGAAAGGGAUGUAUGUCAAGUUAGUCAGCACCUCCGAAUCGGUUCACGUUUCGACAAAUUUCGAAAUUAGCAAUACUUGUGAGUAGACCAGUUCCACAGCAACGGUAGAUCAACGGGCUAGCAACGGGAGCUGAGGAGGGGAAAAAACGAAGUAGAAGAAAAUCGGGAUAUCGUUUCCUGAAAAAAUUCACCGCCGAUGACCGUCAGUAUCCGGAGAAAUACUGCUGCUGUGGAACUCUCAGCAUCAGCUCACUGAUAAAUAGAUACGAGUAGCGGAAGUAUACUGCGUGUAUCAACAGGAGACGAUAUUUGAAGCAGACCUGAACGGGCUAGUUUAACCGUGAACAAGCAACAACUGAAGCUUGUUUUUUUACCCAUCCAGCGUCAUACGAUUCAGCUUAAUUAGUUUUAUGGGAAAGCCAUAUUCAAGCAUUACCUGCCACAGUUCGUUUCAUUUCACUGAAUCGUACGCUGCCUUGAAAUGUACAAACAGAUUAUGAAUCCGCAAGUUGUGUUCCCGGAAUAUAUCUAGAAUUCACAGCAUAACCAUUUUGUCGUCUUUGAUCGUCAUUUUCAAACUCCGCUUUGAUAUUCACCGACAGAGGAUUUAACCAACGGGCGCAGUCUGCUAAACAGAACACUAGAAAGUACCUUGUAGGAACUGAAGAUUGUUAAGCCUCGCUCGAUGUUAUUACACUAGAGCUUUUGGUCCUGCUUGAAAAUAGGGCAUACGACGCCAACCAAUUCGAAGGCAUUUCUCCUUCCACCCAGAUCAUCCUGAUCACGCAGUGGAUUGCGUCGUACAGCCAGUCACUCGCAAUUUUUAGAAAUUCGGCCGGCAUUCCGUCCUGACCAAAGGCAGUACCGUUUUUUAAAUCUCGAAUAGCCUUUCAUUCUUCUUCUAGCAUGGGUUUCCGUCGCUCUGUGAUACUCAGCAUCGAACUAGUCCUUCCUCUGGUUUCCUCGUGUGCUACCCAAUACGAGUUAUGAAACUGUUGACUCGGCCGCCUCGUGGACGUGUUGCCACGCACCGUUCAGGUUAUGUGCUUGCAAAUAUUCUUCCGUUCUAAAUCACUGCCAAUAACCGGACGAAAGAUUUCUUCCCUUCCAAUCGGUGAAUUCGUGUCCCCGAUGACGAGUUUUACGUCAUGUUUUGGGUAUUCUAGGUAAGCCAUCUUUCACAUCCUCGAGUUUGGCACUUGUAACGGCGUAGGCAUUGAUCAACCUAUAGUUGAAGAAACUGCUCUGUAACCUUAACGUACAGAUACGGUCACUCACCAGCUUUGGGCAUAUUUAUUUCGUUCAACUUCAAUACCACACCUUACGUUUAACUCCACUCGUUAGGUUCUGUACAACAUCUGGCUGCAGCUUCUUCUGUACGAAAAUCCAUUUUUCUUCAUGUCUUCCUCAGAUUUGACAAUUCGCGAAGUUUCUUUUCGGGUGACGCCAUUGUUCCAAUUUUCGAAAAACUGACAGCGAUAAAUAUACAGUGUAAACAAUACACUCUAAACUACUUCCACCCAAAUUUUCAAGCGAAAAUAAUCAAUUAUUUUAUGCAGCGUUGUUUCUGUGAUGCAAUUUGAUGUGGGAUACCCAGGAUUCUGAUGAAAAUCCUGUUCAUAAUACUGACACGAUCUUCAAAAUUGUGAUAGUACCCUCUAGCUCAUGUAAUCCUACUCAGAAUUCAAAUGGCAUAUUUUCAUGAAGAUUCUGAUGGAGCAGGUCAACAUCCCAUUAGCAGGAAUCCAUCAAAUUCCUGAAAAGAAUUACGUUUACAUGCUGAGUAGAAAUUUGUAAGAAUCCUGAACGGAUUUUUAUCCAGAAUUCUUGGCCGGACUUUUCAAAAUCCUUCCAUAAGAAACACGAGCAGGAUUGCCAGAAAUAUGAUGGCGUUAGACCUAGGGGCAGAUCACUUGUGAUGCAUUUUUAAAAUCAGCGAAAUUAAAUGCAUUUAUUUCCAUCAAAAUAGAAAUUCAUAAUGUAUUUUGCGUUGCGUGCAAUGUUGUUUGCGUUGCGUGUAAGACGUCAAAACCCUACAGAAAAACUAGCCCUACAUUUAACAAACAUUUCUGCGAGGCAGUGCAAAACUGAUGCAAAAAUGGAAAUUAAAUGCAUAUUUUUCAAUUUGAUGCCAAUUUGUUAUACAUUCUUAGAGUGAUCUGCCCCUAGCGUUAGACGGACUCUAUCAAAUGACAGUGUAUGUGUCAAAUAAGGAUGAUUUUUUUUAUUUAAUGAAGUUGAUGUCGUAUAAGAGUCUCUAUUAACCCUCAAAAAGGAGAGGGGUCUCAGAGGCCCGGCUAGUUAUAAUUCUCUACUUUCAAUGAACUUGUAAGUUGAAAUGCAAAUGUUUUCGGGUUUUCGAUUCUCUCACUGAUAAAGCGACAAAAAAGAGGCUUUUAAUUUCAUUGGGUCUUAAAAGCGUUGAUUCUUGAAGUCGUAAUUUUAGCUUGCCUUUUUGAGGGUUAAGAUAUUCAAUAUUACAUCGCAGAAAUUACCGAAACCAGUACCAUGAUAUGAUAGACUAUGCAAUGUGGGUAUCGACAGAAUAUUUCACAGAGACGUCCGAGAAUCCAUCGUCGGUGUUUUGUGGUUCAUCACUGGUGACAAACAUGAGUUGGAGAGUUUGCGAAGACUACACGCGUAGUGACAUCCGGUACGGUAUUGGUUCACGAAAUCAUUCGACAAUACAGAGGACACGAACCUACUAACGAAAGUAAUAGAUUCAGUCUUUUGACAAGGAUCUUUUAGUGUAAGCAUUACUCGCACAUUGUGGCUCAUCUGACUUGAAAAUGGAUUAGCAAGGGCAUGUGCCACAGCCAUGCCACGAAAACUGGAGUGUAGAACAUCCAUAGCAAGGAACUGGAACGUGAAAUAUAGUGAAACUUUAAGCGGCCAUAGCCAGGAUCAGUGUUCCUAUAACGCCCCAGGAAAUGAGCCAUGACAAAUUUAAGAAUAGAAGGACUUUUCUCGAAGCACGGUCCAACGAUUUGUCCAACUAUAUAGUACGCCGAGCAGAAGUCGACUAAUAUUGAAGUGAUACAAGUUUCCGACAAAGAACUAGUAGCAUUGACGAAAGGUCUACGGGUGAAGAAAGCGCUCGGAUCGGAUGGAAUCCGAAACGUCACUUUGAGAGCGCCCAUCCAGGCAUUCUUGGAUAUGUUCAGCUUGGUGUUCUAGAUGAGAGUCACUGUCCUGAGAGCGAUCAUUGCUGCUGCCAAAACUAAGUAAACUUCUCUGGAUCAUUCGUCGUAUAGAACAAUAUGCUUGCUCUGGAAACCCUUAGAUAGGACUAUUCUCAAAGAGAUAAUCCUUUUCCAACAAUUGCGGAUAAGGAUUACAGUUUUUCUAAGAACCAAUUCGGAAAGGGAAGUCUGCAGUGAACGCUGUUAGGACAGUGAUCGAAAGAGUCGAAACGGCGCUGGACACCCAUUCUCAUACUGCUUUCCUCGAUCUGAGUUAACACAAAGCAUGGAAAGGUACCUUCUACCUGACGCUGUUCCUGUAGGGCCAUGGCGUCUUUAGACAGACUAUCCUUACCGGUUUAUGCAAGCUACUUCACUCUUCUGUUCCAGAAAUGUUGAAAAACGUUUGAACACAUGGUCCAUGUCUGUCAUAGAUUCGCAGCAAUACGACGGGAGAUGCCUUUGUUUAGCGUGGAGAAUAUCGUUGCUGAGAUUUGUCUAGAAUUGCAGCAAAAGAAAUGUAACAAGCAACAAGACAACAAUACCAACUAACAGAAAAAAUAUGAAUGAAUCGUACCAAAUAGAUGAAAAACCACUGCAAGAGUAGCUGUGAAAGUGGAUCGGGAGAAAAAAUAGACAGACGAGUACACAAUGUCGAAAAAACAGGGCUGCGGUGUCUGUAGAACAUCAACCACCGCGGAUCUCUCCAUCGUAGUAGAUUGUUCGCAGGGGACUACCCGAGAGCACCGCGACCAAGCUGACAGCUGAACGGAUGAUGACAACUACUAUCGGUCUCGGUAAAAAUUUCAUCAUCGGGGAACUCUUCAUCGGAGUAGAGUAGAUUCGACGCCGAGAAUCAUCCAUGUAGACCGCAUCAAAGUUGGGACUCUUCUGCGUACAUCUUUUGAUCAUUCAUGUUAGAAAACCUUUGCAGUGGGUUCGGCGGAACCCUAGUGUGGUUUGACAUUCGUAAAACGGACAGUGGACAAUACAAGUGUAGGGAGCUAAACUAGCUGCGGACAGGGAACAGUAAGAAAGCUGCAGUUGAACGCCAAUCCUCUGCCACCGGAUCACGCUUUGCUGCCUCUUAUCCAACAUCAUAAAGCCGGUUUUCAGUUAGUUCGAUAUGUCAACACUGUGGUAAAACGUAACCGCUUUUCUCCAAUUUCUUCAAAGUGGCAUCAAUAGUUUGUGUAGCUUGCCGUGGGGGUAGGUCGGGAGUCUUCUCGUUGCAUAAUUGUGUUAGAAUAAGACUGUAUUAGGCAAUCCAUGAGACGUUUCUGAUCAGCCGAUUAGGGAUGCGACGUCCGACAAUAUCGUUGAUUCGAUUCACCAUCAAACGAGUCGGACUAACAAAAACAUCUGGUUGAAUCGACUAACAAAGUUUGUCGGACGAGUUUUUCUGUUCGCAGGAGUAGACUUGUUGACAGAACCCACCGCUGGAUUGUCAAACAAACGUCUAAUGGGUUGCCUAAUAACAGACUAGCUGACCGCUACGAACAUGGUAUCCGCGUAAGGUGGCAUCUCGGAGUGAUAGUAAGACUGUCACUAGAAAGUCUAACCGAAGACUGGCAACUCUACCCAGAAUCUGGAGACAGUAACUGCAACGUCACUUGCGGGUAAAGGUAGUACUUCCCAUAGUAAUGCACACACACAUAUAUACUUUUACAUUAAGCUUCCUACCUUCCUCCAAUAGAAACGCUGUAACCUCUGUCACUUCUCGUUUGUAUGGGGCUGGGACGGGACCUGCGGAUUCGUGUUUUCUUAUUCUUUCUUUUUGUUUGUUAUAUCUUACUUCUUCGAUUCACACACACUAAUACUUGGUGUAGUUCAAGAAAUGACAUGACUUUUUUAAAGAACAAACAAGAAUUCUAGAGAAAAUUUUCAAUAGGACGUAACAUUGAGAGCCUCUCUUUGUUUACUUUCUCUUUCGUUUAUUACGACGUCAUUACAACACUUUGCACUAAUUUUCCAGUACAUAUCGAAAGGCGACGGUUUUUACUAGAAUAUUAUGCAAAGAGUUUAGUAGUAAAUGUUGAAAUGGCCGAGUAAUUAACAGGAGAGAAAGACCCCAAAGAGAAUCUCUCAUUGUUACUUACGUCCUAUUGAAAAUUUUCUCUAGAAUUGAACUUUCAAAUUUUUUUUGUGAAUCCAUUAUCAUGGAGUGCAAGGUCAAAAAUUGCGGUCGAAGUAAAGCGAAAAAUCCGGAGAUGACUUUUCACCAUUUUCCGGUGAAACCCGAUUUGUGAGAACAGUGUUCACAAGAAUUACCGAUCUCGAAAUUAAUGAAAGCACUAUCAUCUCCACUAUUAUUAUUGAUCUGAUUAAUUUAUUGAAAUAUUUGAAAAAAAGUUUAGCGUUUACUUAAUUUCAAAUAGAAUACUCCCCAUAUUAAUCACUCUGAGGACAGCCGGUUCAAUCUGACAUUUGCGUGCUGGAUCAAUUUGACACGCGUUUUUUUUCUUUCCGCAGGUCCCGUCCCAGGUAUGGGGGAAGGAAAGAGAUAUCAGUCUUCUUAAUGUGUAGUCUUCGGUCUAACGCAAAGUGGCGCGUGGCACGGCAGAGUUGCUAUCGCUGCAAUUUAGUUCAGGUCCCUGCUAGGCGUCCAUUUUUUCCUAGCUAAGAUCUGCCUUAGUUAAAAUUAAAACAACCCAUUGCAAGAACAUGAACCUAGAAGCGGCUAGGCCAAUAAUAUGUUGACUACUGUGAACGUAUGUAUAUCGCUAUAGCGGAUGACAGAGAUGACACCACCUUGGUUUAGCUGUCUCUAAAAUCCCUAAUAGAAGUGAUGGAAGUUCGGCGUGGUAGGGCUGACCACCGGGUCUGCUUCAAUCGCCACCUCAAUUUUCGAAGAUGUUGCAAGUGAUGACGAAGACUGCGAGUAGAGAACGACGAACUAGCCACCGACUGGCGGUUGAUCACAACGAGGCGUCGACGAUGCAUAUUGGGAAGUGGGAUGAUUGCAAAGUUAUAUUGUAAACGUCCAACGGAAUGUCCCAAGGCAGAUGACUUGCUGUCAUACUGCGUAAGUGAUUAUACCGGCCACAGUUCGACUACGGAGUUGAUUAAUAUGCUAGCAUAGCAUUCGGCGAUCCUCCACCCAGAUAUCACCGAUUUUUUCGACAAUCACACCUGGAGAUAAUUUCCAGCUGUUUCUUGUACGCACUUUGGCAAACAUCAGAGCAUCUCGAAUCAAACAUUUCAUCAGACUUUUCUACUUCUUGAUUGGCUUCGUUACUGUCACAAGAAGUUACCGAAGUAAAGACAAGUUCUAACCUGGCGAUCAAACAAAACUUCAGUCGGAGAUUUUCCUUCAGAAGCUGAUCGGUUGGGUGUGCUUCUAUAUGAGAGCAAAAACAUGAUUCAGUGAUUGAUUCUCUCCUAACUCGUGCUCAACACUUGGCCGUUGUAUUGUCUUUUGAUGUACUCGAUGUCGUUGACAGCGCCAAUACUCAGCAAAUUCCGCGCCCGUAAAUUCGGUGUCAUUGUUGGAUACAAAAAUUACUGGCAUACCGAGUCUAGGAGAAAGUCUACGUAGAAUACUGUUUGUAGCCGCAUUGGUGAUUCGUCUAGCUUGAACGAUCUCCUGGUCACUUAGAGUACGAUUCUCCAUCAUUGGGACCGGAAAAGUUUACGUGAAUGCGCUGCCAUAGGCCAAAUUCUUCGUCCAUAGCACAGAAGCAGCACAAGGAGAAGAUCUACUAACACGUCGUCACGUAACCGAUGACAUCGUCAUCUAUGGAGGGUUACUAGACAUAGCGUCUGGUGAUUGCUUUCAUCCUCUACCUGGCCGGUUGUCUACGAUGAAACUGAUCCAAGCACCGUUUUCGAUGCGUCGAUGGAAUACCACGUGAGUGGUUCUUGUCUGAAAUGGAAUCGUUUAAGCUCCGGAUCAAUGGAUAUUGAUGGAGGCCAACAGAAUCGUAUGUACCAGAAGUUUUUAAAAAACAAGCUUGGGUACUUUGUUCUAUGGCUCUGAAACGGAGAGGUAAAAUUUUUACAGUAUCUGCGACAAUUUAAAGACCUUACAUAUUUUGCAAGAAUGAUGCUAAUCUUCUUCUGACUUGACGUGCUGGUUGAUUGGACGAGACAACAUGUCAGCGCUGCCAAACUUGUCACUCGGCACGUACUCAAGAAUCUUCUGUUUCGUCAUCGUAGUGAGUCAGCAGAAGCCUCCAGGAGAGAAUCUUCUUAAAUCGCUCGAACGAACGAAAUACUAUGUUCAGGCUGAUCAGAUUUGAGUUAUAUGUUGGGUUUUCUCUCAAAUGCCUUUAUAUUCGAAACCAAUAAUAAAAUCUUUUCAAACGGAAGCUCGUUCUGACAAUUCUUGCCGAGCGUGCCGGUUGCCCGACUGCUUUACCCACAGCAAAUACUCUGAACCACUCGAAUCCUAAGCAAUGACAAUCCUAUCAAUCCUUCCUAUUAACAAUCAACCUAACAGAGGAACAGAGCAAAUCAAAGUUAGAAAUACGGACCAGCACCGAUAGUAGAAGCAUUUGCAUUAAUUGCGAUUAUUUACAUCCCGAAUGGAAACUAGAACAUAAAGAAAAACCUGUAACAAUCAAACAUUUGUGUGUACCUCUCUGCCAAAAAAAUCGAACAAAAAAUACAAAAAAAAGUUGUACUUGGUAAAACUAAAAGCUCAAAACUAAUACCAUGUGUUUAAAAAUAUGGAAUCAAUUAAAAAAUAAUGAUUAACAAAAUAUCGUUUGAAAAGAGUAACAUACACACAUGUAAGUAUAUAGGAUUAAAUGUGAUAAAUGAUAACAGUACAUUGUAUUAUGAUGGAACAUACCUACACACAUAACAGCCACCAAACAACACCUGGACAAAGACGUACUUAACAAGACAGCACUUAUAAUAAAGAGACAUUAACAACUUC